UGAGAAGUGAUAAAUGAUGGAAUCCAUUAUGCAGGAGAAACUUAGAAUGCUAAAACCAACAAUGGUGGAGGAACAAAUAAUGUCAGAAUCGGAAACACCCCAAGCCUUUUCUCCAGGACCAACAUCAGUAAACAUAGGAGGGGAGAUAAGGAAGGAAAAGAAAAGCUACAAGAACAAAGCAACAAACUCAGCGGAUACACAGAUGCAGAAAAACAACAGUGCAGCAGAGAACAAGACGGCAAAGAUUGAAAGGCUGAAAAGUGGCUUUCAAAUUUGCAAGCCUCAAGGAACCUUUGUGUGGCCAAAUAUAGGUUUGUCUCCCCAUGUUGUGGCCAACCAUGAUGACCAAACAGUGGUCCCUACGCCACCAUCAGCUUCCUCUUCUACCACCUCAGCCCCAAAGCUCAUUUUCAAACCCCAGCCUCAGCACCUACCAUUACAAGUCCUAACCCGUCCUUCUUCCCCAGUGAAACCACUCGCAGAGAGGCGCCCUGUGAGCACAGCUACUCUGACACAUGUCACUGGCCCAUUCUCCCCUCAUCUUUCUCCUCCAUCAGGUACUCCAUUAUCCAAAAUCACCACCACCAUCACUAUUAACCUCAACGAAGCCCCUCUUACCCUAGACUAG